CUUGGAUAGAUGGAUAGAUCACAAUCUUUCCAUCUCUAUGGGCAUGUGAAAGAAGCUCAAAGCCAACGGUGCAUGAUGAAAUGAUAUGGACUUCAAGUUUUCUAUCUUCCUCCAUUCUUUUUCUUCAAGACUAAUUACAGGUUUAACUUCAUUGGAGUUCAAUUACAAAAGUUGAAAUCUUUUCAUUCGGGGACUUUUCAUGGAUAGAUAUUGUGAAUUCUGUGUGAACUUAAGAUCCGUUGUUUACUGUAAGGCGGAUGCAGCCUAUCUUUGUCUUUCGUGUGAUACUAAAGUUCACUCAGCCAAUCCACUCUCAAACCGCCAUUAUCGGAACCUCAUUUGUGAGUCUUGCAGACGUCGCCCAAGCUAUGUCCGUUGUUAUGAUCAUCAGAAGUUCAUGUGUCGUGGUUGUGAUCUUAGCCAACACAAUGCUUCUUCUAAGCAUCGAAAAAGAGUUGUGAAAAGUUACGUUGGCUGCCCAUCUGCCAGAGAUUUAGGGGUAUUGUGGGAUUUCGACUUGAAUCCGUUUGUUGAUUGUAGUAGUCGCAUUCUUGACCAAAAAUUUGGUUUAGAGAGUAAUGAAUACACCAAGGCAAUUGAUGGUGGUAUACAAGGGUUCUCCGUUCUUGAACAACUUGUUGAUUUGCUAAAGGUUCAAACAUCCAACAUCGAUCAUAUUUCAUCCAUUAUGCAUUGCCAAGAACAUGAGAUGGAUGUUGAUCAGUUUUCGCAACCAUUCUUGGUUGAAGGGGGGCAUUCCAAUGAUCAUAAUAUAAGUCUUGAUCCAUGUUCAUCGCCAUUCACACAAUUGGACAGUUUAGAAUCUUCUGAAACCAACGAAACUACCCUCCAAGGAGACUCAAUUUGGCAAUGCAAAAGUUCAGUUUCAAGCAGCCAACUUUGGUCUCAAAAUAUGCAAGAUCUUGGUGUAUGUGAAGAACCAUCUUGCUUAGAUGACUUGAACAUACCUGAUAUCGAUCUCUCAUUCAGAAAUUUCGAAGAACUUUUCGGAAGUGAGAAAGAGCCCACAAGCGUUGAUCAGAACAAAUCAAUGGCCCACUUGAAUCUCACCGAGUCAUCUCCAAAGAAAGCACGUUACACUUCUCAAAUUAUGUCAUUCUCGUUUUCGAGACGCAGUGCUGAAAGCAGCGAUACAACAUGCAUAGACAGUAGUAUUUCGCCAUGUGGAUCAACCGAGCACCAUGUGCAUGAUAAAUCAAAAGGAAAGAAGAUCGGACAGCUGAAGGAUUCGGAACAAGACAAAUGUGGCUACAGAAAGGCUCGAUCAGACACACGAAAACGUUCAAAAUCCCAAAGUUGGACGUUAGAAAGCCAUGAAUCUACAACAAGAAGUUAUUGAAAUUAUAUAUAUUUUUUCGUUUAAUCCAAUGUUUGUUGUAGAUUAUAGUCAACUGAUACUCCAAGGAUGGCAACAAGUUCUUUUGUUAAAGAUGAUUCCUUUUUAUUUUGGUCCAUGAAAUGUAUAAAGCUUAUCAUUUAGUUGAACAU